UAAAAACUUACUUUAACUAUGCACACUACUACUUGUGAUUUAAAAUAGUAAGGCAAAAGUGUCACUACUUAUAUUUGUGUACAACUAAAUACUAGUACAGUAUCUAAUAAGUUACUAAUAAUAAUUAGAGUACCAAGGUGCAAGUAUGGUUGUAAUGAACACGGCGGCAUACGAGUCGGUUAUUAUGCGUAAAAGGGUUAGACGUUACGCCAAAUACGGUGCUAUUUCAACGGGUGUAGGCGGCGCUACCAUGGUACUUUUCCCGAUGUUGGUCGGCGGGUUAGCAGGGGCAAUUAUGCAGCUAAAAUCGGGCUCAUUUUUGACCCAAAACUGGGAGCGAGUACCGGUGCCCAUAGAUAACCUCUUUUACAUCUGGAACAUUGAUAAUCCCCAAGAGUUUGCCAGGGGUGCCAAAGCGAAACUAUCUGAGCGAGGUCCUUAUGCUUACGAUAUGAGAAUAUGGAAAGAGGAGGUAAAGUGGGCACCGGAUGGCAAGACUGUCCAGUACUAUAACCGGGGCAGUUGGGAGUUUAACCCGGAUAAAACGUCAGGAUCAAUUGACGAUAAAGUGACCGUGAUCAACUUACCGGUGGCC